CGGGAGGGGAGUGGGCGUCAGUACCAGAUUGUACCAGACCUGAUAGGAGACCUUAGGGGCUUGUGAAACGGGUGGGCGUCAGUCAAGAUCUGGAGGGGCGCACUAUUCAGUGCCACUCAGGAGCUCCCCUUGAAGGGGUAGUCAGCCCAAAGCUGGGUCUCAGCAGGAGAGCUGGGAGAUGAUCAACCUAGUGUUGGAUUGUUCCAGGCCCAAGGGCAAAGUGGGCACGAGGGGGAAGAAGCAGAUAUUUGAAGAGAACAAAGAGACUCUGAAGUUCUAUCUGCGAAUCAUACUGGGGGCCAAUGCCAUUUACUGUCUUGUGACCUUGGUGUUCUUCUACUCAUCUGCCUCAUUUUGGGCCUGGAUGGCCCUGGCCUUUAGUCUGGCAGUAUAUGGGGCCAGCUACCACUCUAUGAGCUCGAUGGCACGGGCAGCCUUUUCUGAGGAUGGGGCCCUGAUGGAUGGUGGAAUGGACCUCAACAUGGAGCAGGGCAUGGCAGAGCACCUUAAAGAUGUGAUCCUACUGACAGCCAUCGUGCAAGUGCUCAGCUGCUUCUCCCUCUACAUCUGGUCUUUCUGGCUUCUGGCUCCAGGCCGGGCCCUUUAUCUCCUCUGGGUGAAUGUGCUGGGUCCUUGGUUCACGGCAGACAGUGGCACCCCAGCACCAGAGCACAAUGAGAAACGGCAGCGCCGACAGGAGCGGCGGCAGAUGAAGCGAUUAUAGCCAGUGACAUUUUGGCCACAGGCUGCAUGGCCCCCUGCCAGGAGCAAGGAGGGCCUAGUCCAGGGCCCAGAAGCAGUGUAAGGUAUAGGAUUGUUGAAUAAAUGGCUCAGAAUGUGGCUAA